AUGGAACGCGAUUCUAAAGAACCAAAACGUGAAACUAUAGAAUCUUUUUAUUACAGUAAAAGGCAGAAAACAGACAGUAUUGCAUCGUCAGUCAGUGUGAAUGAACCUCCGGUAGAUGCAUCGCCUUGUCCGUCUUCCACAAUUGAUCAACAACCACAACAAAUUUCCUCCACUUCAUCAGGAACUCAUUUAUCAUCAUCACAGUCAGCUGUAAAAGUGUCAGAUAUCAGUCGUUCAUGA